CCAAAUCUACGCCCCUGGCGCCGUUGUAAUCUACUGCGCCACCUCGGUAUCGAUCCGAACUUCCACUUUCAGCUAGCAGAGUCCCAUCGAUUUUGGUAGUGGCUGUGGUGUUUGUCUGGUGAUCCCAAUGGAAGGCAGGGAUAACCAAUAUUCGGGGGCUCCACUGCCCCAACCAGGGGUCCGGCCCAUGGUCGACCCAGAGGCCCUCGGAGAAGUCGAUCCCUCCAUGUACCCCCAACCAAAAGAAGCAACGCACAAGAUCCGAGGCAGGUCAGACGUAGUAGAGGCCCUGAUUGGUCCCGUGGACCAGGAACUGUUAACCAUAAAGAGUUUCUACUUCUUCUUUUUCGCCGCCUUCGGUUCCCUGUUUCCCCUCAUGGGAGUCUACUUCAAACAGAUGGGGAUGAACGCCACUCAAUGUGGAUUCCUCAUAGGCAUAAGACCCUUUGUGGAAUUCCUUUCUGCUCCUUUCUGGGGCAGUCUGGCCGACAGAUGGAAGAAAGGAAAGAUCCUCCUGAUGGCUUCAUUGGGUGCCUGGGUGUUCUUCACCCUGCCCUUAGGGUCUAUACAACCACCUGCUACCUCUUGCAUGGAAAUUAAGAAUAGGACGGCUAUAUUGACCACACCUAUAGACAGGUCUACUAGGAUGAGGUUCAACGAGUUGGAUGGGAAUGAGGAACCUUUAAGAAGAGUCAUCAGAUCUACCAUGCCUAUACUAAGCGCUGGACAAUCACCAAUAGGCGUCGAAUAUGCCCAAAACUACGAGCCCAAAGAACACCAGACCUGGGUCCAACCGAUCAUAUCUUCGAUAGUCUACAGAAUGCAAGACAUACAAAAAACCUUCUUCCUUCUUUUACUACUAGUAGCUAUAGGAGAAUUUUUCAGCGCUCCAGCUAUCACCUUAGCCGACUCUGCCGUUUUGACUAUACUGGGAGAAGAUGCAGACAGAUACGGCCAACAAAGAAUGUUCGGCUCUCUCGGCUGGGGCCUUGCCAUGUUCUUCGUUGGGAUAGCCCUGGAUCAUUCCACAGCCUUCCCAAACCACCCGUGCGGGCCUGACAAGAAGGAGAAGAACUACACCAUCUGCUUUGCCAUCUUCUCAGUCCUGAUGGGCGCAGCGAUGAUCUGCGCAUCCCAGAUCACCUUCAGAUACGUGGAGGAAAAAGAAGUGCAACAAGAUCACCAGGGGUCACCGCCUCCAAUGACCCACGAGGACCAGCUGCAAGCGCAGCUGGCAGAGCAGCUCCAUCUGCCUUCCUUGGCAGACACCAGAGCUUCCGCAGUUCCUCCAAUGGAAGACAAGACCAAAGUCUUCGCUCAAACCACCAGAGAGAUGCCUGAAUGGGUCACCGUACUAGAACAGUUCAAGAAUCCCAAAUGCGCUUCCUUCCUGUUUGUUGCAUGGUUCAUGGGCUUCGGAAUAGGCCUGAUUUUCACAUUCCUCUUCUGGCACCUUCAGGACUACGAAGGGACACCGACACUCUUCGGUGUGGCCUCAGUGAUCAACCACAUAUCGGAAAUAUUCGCCUACUUCUUCAGUUUCAGACUCAUCCGGCAGAUGGGGCACGUCAAGGUUCUGUGCUUGGGCCUUAUCGGUAACACCCUCAGGUUCUUGUACAUCUCCUGGCUGACUAAUCCCUGGUGGGUGUUGCCCUUCGAGUUCAUGCAGGGAAUCACACAUGCUGCAGUUUGGGCCGCUUGUUGUUCUUACAUAGCCCACAACAGCCCUCCACAUCUUCGGUCAUCUGCUCAGGGUGUUCUACAGGGCAUCCAUCAUGGCCUCGGAAGAGGAUGCGGAGCUGUCAUUGGUGGAAUUUUUGUUAGUAACUUCGGAUCGACAGCUACAUUCAGGGGUUACGGAAUCUGUUGCUUAGUCGUUUUUGGAGUAUUCGUUUUCAUCAACUUCUAUCGGGUAGACCAGGGCUUUGUUUCUGAUCUACCUCAAACAGAAGAUCCAAGACAAGUAGCUGAAGAAACUUCCCAUUUGGCACCACACGGUGUACCAAGUAACCCUAUACCAAGAGCCUUAUCCAGCACCAAACUCCACGAAAUGGCCCAACAAGACGGUUAUGGUGCUACCUAUCAAAUGGGGCAAGGGGGAACUUUAGAUAUUCCCGGGGCGAAUCCCUUCACACAAAACAACGUAACCAACCAACAACAACAUUAUGCGUAUCAGCAACCAGCACAGCAACAGCCGUCAUAUCCUUCAGCUUAUACAACACUGCAACAGCAACAACCCUCCAACAACAUGAACAAUUCCAGUUACGCUUGGUAAUGAGGUUGUUUAAACACUUUUUAACGAAGACAUACAAAAUGAUAUUAACAUGAAAAAGUAAAAAGAAAAAAUAGGUAUAUCGGACUUAAUAUUGUACACAGCAUAUUCAAUGUAUAUAAUCGACUGGGAGAAGUAACUAAAAUAUCAAAAAAAGCGUUCUACCAUAUCCAUAACUAAUCAAAGAAAUCAACAGUGGAACAAUCGUAAUAUAAAUAUCAUUUUACAAAAAUAUCGAAUGGAUUAUAUUUAUAAGUGAUUUAUUUUUAGAUAUGCAUAGUAACACUUUUCGCAUGACUUGAUUUUCAUGAAUAUUAACGAACGAUUCGCAAUAAAAGACCAGCUUAUAUUCGAAAGCUGUUC